UCUCAUUAACAUAGGCUAAUUAUGCAGCUGCACACCGGGAGGUUUCACAGGUUAAAUCAAACGGCCCUCUCUCUGGGUGCAUCGAUUCAGGUGAGGAAGCAGCAGAGUGAGUCCAACAUGAGGCCAAACAUGACUGUCGUGGUCCUGCUAGCGGUGUGCUUCCUCGGUGUGUGUUCGCUCUCACAUGUGGAGGAGAUGAAGAUCCAGGAGCGGCUCUUCCUCAGCUCUUUGGGGCUCUCUGGGCGGCCUCAGCCGGCGGGGAGCCACCAGUCCCGGCGCAAUGUCCCCUCUGCGGUCUGGAGGAUGUUCCGGAGGUCAGAGAACAUGCAGGCCCGGGAGAGCGACCCCUGCACCGUGUCAGAGUACGGAGUCCGAGGCAACAUCAUCCGAUACGUUCAGGACCAAGGCGGGCUGGUGUCUGGCUGGAGCAGCAGCUGUCAGGCCUGUCUGGAGAAGCAGCUUUACUUCAACAUGUCCGUGCUGCAGCCUGUGGAGCUGCUGUCUCUGGCUCAGCUGGAAAUCAAGUUCCACUGGAAGCCCUUUAGUUCAUCGGAGAUCCUGCAGGGGCCAAGGACCCUCAGUGUAUCUCUGUAUAAAGUGAUUCGAGCCACGCUGAGGGGUGCCAAUCCCCAGGCCAACCGCAAACUCCUGCUUUCCCAGUCAGUCCAGCUGCAGCCUGAGCCCUCCUCCAUCACCUUAGACCUCACCUCCCUGGCAGAAAGCUGGCGCAAACCGGGACGCAACUAUGGUUUGGUUUUGGAGCUCCUGCCUCUCAGCGUAGAUGCAAAAGAACUUCUUCCUUUUCACCCAGGGAACUCCCUUCCUCUGGAAACGGCCUCUGCCCUGCCGUCGAUCCAGGCCUCGCUGGUGGCCGUGUCCCUCAACCCUCACCAGUGUCGCACCAGACAAAGAAGGAGCGCCAUCCACCUCCCAGUGACACCCAGCAAUGUGUGCAAGGCCCGCCGCCUCUACAUAGACUUCAAGGACGUGGGCUGGCAGGACUGGAUCAUCGCUCCGCAGGGCUACAUGGCCAACUACUGCCACGGGGAGUGCCCGUUCCCGCUCAGUGAGAGUCUGAACGGGACUAACCAUGCCAUCCUGCAGACCCUGGUGCACUCCCUGGACCCCAACGGCACCCCCCAGCCCUGCUGUGUCCCGAUCCGCCUCGCCCCAAUCUCCAUGCUGUACUACGACAACAACGACAACGUGGUGCUUCGGCAUUACCAGGACAUGGUGGUGGAUGAGUGUGGGUGUAGAUGAGGUCUGUGGACAUUUAUAAUCAUAAAAUAUCACACCGUUAUUUUUUAAGCUUAUUGGUGCAAAGUUAAAUGUGAGACCUUUUGCUGUUUUGUUUGUUUGAGUUUCAUUGUAAAAUGUUCUUUGUAGUCAAAGAUUUAUAAAGAAUUUUUAAAAUGUAUAUUUGUUUUCCCAGAAAUGUUGACAUGUCCGUUAAUAUGAAGGCUAAUGUUAAUAAAAAUUGCAAUAAAGCCAAGGUGGAGGAUUUACUAAGAAAGACAACUUAUUUUUAAUCACUCAAUAGGGGUUUUAUACUCAACCAUACUUUAGAUCAGGGUCAGAAAAUCAAAUGACCUGGGCGCAACUGUCCAGGUGCUUCUCUCCUAUGGGAGCCCUCAAAGGCGUUGGUGAAAAUCCAGGUUUUUUCAUUCGAGGAUUUUCACCUUGAAAUCCUGUCUGCUUUUUAACAGCAGUUUGGGUGUUGAGUGAUGAUCCUGUGCCUUCUUUACAUUGUGUGUGUUGACUUUAAUGAAAGACGCCUCCAUGUUUGUUUGUUUUUAUCUCUAGGAAGAUUGCCUAUCAUCCAAAUACCUUUUGUAUUUUCAGCCUUAAGUUGAUGGUCUAACAUACUGUUAAUCACAACAGUUUCUAGAUCAGGGUUCAUCUCAAACAUUUCUUUGCUUCUCAACUCCUUUGUCCGUAGCAUACUGCUCAGCUUGUUUUGUGUAUCUCGAGGCUUAAUCUAAAGAUUUAGGCAAUAAUAGACAGAAUAACGACAUUAGAGUCUGAGCUUUUUUAUAACUCGUAUUUGAGGAGCUGAAAACUUGAAUUUUUGUGUUUGGAAAAUGUCACUUGAGCUACUUACUGAUAAAUAAACUACUCAAAUAACCUUAAGAUAAAGAACGUUUUCUGGAACAAAUGCCCACUCCAAAGAACUGUUAAACACUAUUUGCUUUAUACAGUAAGACUAUCACAUGUUUAAUACACUCCUCAUGCAACUGGUUUUUCCUUUGCAGAUUUGGUAGGUUUUGGAAUAUGAUAUUAACGCAUAUUAUGCAUUUUUAUGGAAAAAUAAAAAUCUAUAUUGAAAGAAAUA